CGAAAAUGCUUGAUGAAGAUUUCCAGCCGUCCAUGACUGACUAUGUAGAAUUGAAGGAGGUAAAAGAAAAAGCAUUGCUGUGUUUCGCUUAGUUUCUUUCUAAAAAACUGCACAAUGAAUUUAGUUCUAGUAUCUCAGACUUUGUUCUAAAAAAUCUUGCCAAUCUGAACAUCCAAAGCGUUCCGUUCCUCUCCAAAAUGACGGACACCUCCAGCUCGUCCUCGUGCUUCGAGGGCUGCUUCAGCUUUCUGGGCUCCAGCACGAAGAGCACCUCCAUGAUAAGUUCGGGAAUAAGUGCGUCGGCGUCCUCCCCGAGCUCUGCAAGCACGUCGCUCCUUCCGCCCCUGAAUAUGGAUCCACCGACCAGAACCAGAAAAGCGGGAAAAGUGUCCGGGAAGGUGCGACUCCGUCCGGACGUGGAAGCGGACGUGGUCAAAGAUCUGAAUCUCCCCCCCGGAACCGCACCCGAGUCUUUGUUCGACGAGCCACUGUUCCUCAGUUUGAUGGAAAAGCUGAUUGGGCAAGCCAAGUACUUGCAGAACAACCCAAAAGCGGGCGUCAUACCACAGGAAGAGCGCGCAGCGAAAAUCGUGGUCGACGCUCUGAGGCCGUACUCCACGGAAAAGGGCGGGCCGUUACAGAUCGAGGUAGCCGCGAUAGUACUGUUUGUAGCGUCGGAGUCUGUUCGAGAAAUCAACACGGUAAUCUGGAAAAGCGAAAAAUGGAAAAUUGAAAUUAUGCGCUCUCACUUAUAGUCGCCUCACUCUGGUGAUUUCCGCAUCAGAAGCAGAAUGAGCUUCCGCUUAGUUCGUGACUGUGCAGAACCGCUUAGUUAUCACACCUUCCACCCUCAGUAUCUGACAUAGGUACUCACCGCUCUACUGCGCACGCGCCGCCAGCGCCAAGCAUGCUUUCGCUCCGCCCUCUUUCUCAGCUGCCGCCGAAGAGCCAUAAAUCGUAAUUUGCCUGAUCAUGAUGAUGAUCUUGAUCCGCACUCCUACAUCGCUUACAACUUCUCAGCAUGUUUGCGCAGCAGUGGCCUAAGGAUACUUCUCAUCAUGGCCACUUGAUGUGUUUCUCUGAAGAAGAUCGGGAACAGUACAGCAACAUCAACAUCUCCCCCCACCCUUCACUCAGGUCCUCACCUACGUGCCAAAAAGGCCGAACGUGAAGAUUACCUACCCUUCUAGCACCAAAUCAAAACGGACGGUGGGUUUCGUGGGGUCGCACUUCGACGUCGUGCCUGCCAACCCCGAGGAGUGGGCGCGCGACCCAUUCAAACUCACCCGGGAGGGGGACAGACUGUACGGGCGUGGCACCACCGACUGCCUGGGCCACAUCGCACUGGUCACCACGUUUAUGAAGUUCUUGGCGGCGAGCAAGGUGCAACUGGACAUGAACGUGGUCUGCGUGUUCAUCGCGGCAGAGGAAGGCGGCGAAUUCGGGGUCGGGGUGGACAAAGUCCUGGAGGACGGAAAAUUGGAGGAGCUGAAAAACGGUCCCGUCUACUGGAUCGAUUCGGCAGACUCUCAUCCCUGCUGCGGCACUUCCGGCGUCACACAGUGGGAGCUCAAAGCGACCGGUCGCCUCUUCCACAGCGGCUUGCCGCACAAGGGGAUCAACGCGAUUGAGCUGGCGAGCGAAGCCGUCAGCGAAAUCCAGCGAAACUUCUACAAGGACUUCGGUCCAGUCUCGGAGCAGGCACGAUACGGGUAUAAGAUUUUUCAUGCAGGGUGGAUACCUCGGCUUCGAAAACACUUUUUGCCAAUUUGCGAAUUCUGCGUGAGUUUUUGAACCAAUUUCAUCACCAAAUCCCACAGGUUCACGGUUGGUAGCACGAUGAAGCCGACACAGAUUUGCUGUUCCGAGGGCAGCCUGAACCAGAUCCCGCCGUGGUGCAAGAUCAGCGGGGACAUUCGGCUGGCGCCCUUCUACGAUAUUCUCGAGACCAUGGAUCGUGUGGAGAAGUACGUGGAGCACAUUAACACGAAUCUCGAGUCGCUGCAGACCCGCGGUCCCCACUCGAAAUACGACAUUAGCGCCACAGCGCCGGAAUCGGAAAUGCAGCGGGGUACUGUCGAGAUUAGCUGGGGCCAGAGCAAAAAGAACGCGCUGCUGUAUGCCGGAAUCGCGUGCGAGCUGGAAAGCCCAGGGCACAAAGCGCUAGUGCAGGCCACGGUGGAAGCUAAAGGUACUUGCAGAGAUUGAAAUCUAAGAAAAUUUUUUCUAGGCGGAUUAAGCACAGCAGCUGCACCGAAAUCAUGAUAAAUUCAUACGAAUUCCAGUUCGAAAUAUUUCCUACAAAAAUAGGUCAAGAAAACUGCAAGCCCUAUUCCAUCACGGGGUCCCUGCCCCUGGUCGCUUUGAUGCAACGGCAGGGCUUCGACUUGCAGCUGGAUGGCUUUGGACUCAUGAGCGUCUACCAUGCCGUCAACGAGUACUGCCUACUCUCCGACAUCCGUAAGGGGCACGAAAUUCUAGUGCGCAUCGCAUGCUUGCUGAACUCCGCCAAGCCGGCUAGCAAAUAG